GCCCUUGGCGGCUAUAAGAGCGGUCGUGUGCUUUUGUUAAAAGAAUAUUCAUACAUUAAAUUAGUGAAAAUGCAAGAAUUUAAAUCCACUGAACACCAACACGUUCGCUACAACCCACUCAAAGAUGAAUGGGUGCUGGUGUCUCCUCACCGCUGUCUUCGACCCUGGAGCGGUCAGACGGAAGCUGAACCGGAGGAACAACCCCCGGAUCCGAUGAACCCUCUCCUGCCAGGAGCUACCAGGUCCAGUGGACAGCGCAAUCCACAAUAUACAUCAACCUACGUGUUCCCGAAUGACUUCCCUGCGUUGCUGGAGAGAGUGCCUGAACCACCGCCUUCUGAACAUCCUUUAUUCCGAUCCUCAGCUGCCAAGGGGACCUGCAGGGUGAUGUGUUUCCAUCCGGAUUCCACGAUGACAAUACCACUGAUGACUGUGGAUGAGAUACUCGCAGUUAUUAAUGAGUGGAUAAACCAAUUAACAGAGCUAGGACGCAAGUACACUUGGGUGCAAAUAUUUGAGAACAAGGGAGCCAUUAUGGGUUGCUCUAACCCUCACCCGCAUUGUCAGAUAUGGGCUUCUAGUUAUCUACCUAAUGAGCCUAGAGUUAAGGAGAGAUGCCAGAAGGAAUAUUACAUUAAAUUCAAGCGGCCAAUGCUUGUCGAUUAUGUACAACAAGAAUUAAUAAAUAAGGACCGCAUAGUAAUUCAGAACACGGAAUGGGUAGCCCUAGUACCCUACUGGGCAGUGUGGCCAUAUGAAACUAUGGUGUUACCAGUAAACGGCAAACCGCAACGUUUGACAGAUUUAAAUGACAAUCAGAAAAGAGACCUGGCUGACAUAAUGAAAAAAUUGAAUAUUAAGUACGAUAACUUGUUCAAAUGCUCUUUCCCGUAUAGUAUGGGUUUUCAUGGUGCCCCAACAGGCCCAUCAAAGACAGCCAGCGACUCACCCCACUGGCUUCUUCACGCCAUAUACUUACCACCUCUCUUACGAUCAGCAACUGUAAAGAAAUUCAUGGUAGGCUACGAAAUGUUAGCUCAGUCACAGAGAGAUUUGACUCCCGAACAAGCGGCACAAAAAUUAAGGGAAUGUGACGAUGUACAUUAUAAAAAUAAGAAAUAAAGUUGAAAAUAAGAAAUAUUAGGGCCCAUUUUUAGUGAAAAUAUAACGUUUUUUAUUAUUAUAUAAAAAAAAAUUGUUUACUGUCAAAAUUGAACGUGAAAAUUAUGGCGGGAAAGGAGAUUGGGCAAGAAUGUAUGAAGUUUGGUCCAAAUGUCCACCACGAACGAGACCUAUAUAAAUAAAUAGUCCACUUAAUUUAGAGUAACUUUUACUAAGAAAGUAAAAAAAAAAACAGUGCCAAAAAAAGUUAUAGCCAAAAAUGUAUUCUUAAUUUUCGGUAGUUUUUGUAUGUUGUCAUUAUUAUUUUUUAUUUUAUUCCACUUUCAUUUCCGCACUUUAUCUAACACUAAGAUGAGUAAGACACAUUUGCAAUAAAUAUGGGUUUAUAACCCAUAUUUAUUUGCCCGAUGGAUGUACGAAUCACUAACCAAUUGAGGCGCCAGAAGGGCUUGAAUAUACUCAACGGUGCCUGGAUCUAAGAUAGUUCGAAGUAACUGGUGGUGUCUUCUCUCUAAUAAUGAACAAUUCUAUUUUGUCAGAAGUUACAGAAAGUACGAAAAUCGAACAUCACGAAAAGUAAUUGAAAAAAUUAAAUUGAAAAAAUCUAUAAAAUGUUUUAUUUGAUUUUGCUAUAACUUUUUUCUAGCAUUAUAUUUUUUUUUACUUUCAUAACAAAAUAUGUUCCAUAUUUAACGGGCUAUCUAGCCAUAUAGGUCUCGUUCGUGGUGGACAUUUGGACCGGAAUCGCCCAUUGUCCUUUCACACACUAUUUGUUUAGUUUUUUUUAUUUGCAUCGCCAAAUUCGUUAUAGUCAAUUUAAAGAGGGUGCUAUUUUGUACAAAAUAAUAUACUAUUUUGUCAGUUCCUAAAUAAAAAAUUGUUGGUAAAAA